CCGUUUGUGGCGAUAUAGUCACCGCCGGACGAUGAAGGCGGAAGCGCUCGAUCUUUUGACGGCAGCGUCGAGUAGGAGAGGCUGCAUCGUCUUCGUCACAGUCAUGAUCGCGCGCCGUUGUUUUCUCGUUCUCGGUGCCGAUUCCGGUCACCGGAAGGUUAUUCUUCUCCCCUGGCGGUGAUGAGACUCUGAGCCCUAGGGUUUCGGCGGGUUUUGGUGGUGAUGAGCUAAAGGAAUCUUCUUCAGUUAGAAGUGAAGAGGCAAAGGCGCUUCCUUUAGAUUUGAAGGAGUUCUCUAAUUCUCAUGGAAACUUGGAUGCCGCUGAGGUAUCCUUUAAUUCUACUAGUGCAACUUCUCUACUCUCUGGCUCUGAGAUUUUUUCGAGCAAUCAAAUGAAUUCUAGUGAUGGUGAUCAAGAGAACUUGCCCAAACUACAAGAGGAGCUGAUUGUUGCUGGCGAUGAAAAUGGAGAAAAUUCUAGUAGUGAUAAGUUAGCUGCCCGGCCUUUAGACGCUAAGGUAACCAUCAAUUUUACUGGUAAAACUUCUCUACUCCCUCCCACUGUGAAUUUUUGGAGUAAUCAGGUGAAAUCUAGUGAUGGUGACAUAAGGAAUCUGCACAAACAACAAGAGGUGCAUGCUGAGUCUAUUGCUAUAGUUUCUCCGCCCCUUGUAGAUCCAGCUUCCACUGGGACAUCUAGUAAGAGUGAGGAACAUAUAAGCCUGACCGAAGCAGACAGGCAACUUAUGUAUGCAAAGAAAGAGAUCAGUCAUGCCCCAAUGGUUUCAGAUGACUCUGAUCUUUAUGCUCCAUUGUUUCGAAAUAUUUCGGUUUUUAAGAGGAGCUACGAGCUGAUGGAAAGAAUACUUAAGGUCUACAUCUAUCAAGAUGGACGAAGACCCAUUUUCCACACACCUGUGCUUAAAGGUAUAUAUGCUUCCGAAGGAUGGUUUAUGAAACAAAUGGAGGGAAACACACAAUUUGUUGUGAAGGACCCGAACAAGGCCCAUUUAUUCUACCUGCCGUAUAAUUCUCGCCAGUUAGAAGCUACUCUCUAUAAACCCGGCUUGCAUAGUUUGAGACCUUUAGCGAUCUUCUUGAAGGAGUAUGUGGAUUGGAUAUCGGUGAAAUAUCCAUUCUGGAAUCGGACGAGAGGAGCAGAUCACUUUCUAGUUGCUUGUCAUGAUUGGGGACCUUACGAAACGAGACUACACACAGAGCUGAGCAAAAACACCAUCAAAGCUCUAUGCAAUGCUGAUCUCUCCGAAGGAUUCAUCAGAGGAAAAGAUGUCUCUCUCCCAGAAACAUACAUCAAAAACCCCAAGAAACCCUUGAAAGACCUGGGAGGUAAACCCGUCUCCAAGCGAUCAAUCCUGGCAUUCUUCGCUGGGCAGAUGCAUGGGCGUGUCAGACCCGUGCUUCUCAGUCACUGGCAGGGAAAGGAUGAAGAUAUGAAAAUUUACGGCCCUCUCCCGUCUCGAAUCUCCAAAAAGUUUUCAUAUAUCCAGCACAUGAAAUCGAGCAAGUUUUGCAUUUGUCCUAUGGGGUAUGAAGUGAAUAGCCCUAGGAUCGUUGAGGCUAUCUAUUAUGAGUGUGUUCCGGUAAUAAUAGCCGAUAAUUUUCUUCUCCCUUUUGAUGAAGUGCUGGAUUGGAGCGCGUUUUCAAUUGUUGUAGCAGAGGAAGAUAUACCUAAUCUGAAGGAUAUACUAUUGAAAGUUUCUCAUAGGAAGUAUGUUUCUAUGCAUGAGAAUGUGAGGAGGUUGAAGAGGCAUUUUCUUUGGCAUCCGGUACCUAUAAAAUAUGAUAUAUUUCAUAUGAUACUGCAUUCGAUUUGGUUCAACAGACUGAAUCAGAUACGAGUCUCAUCAGUUGCAUGAAACUAUGGCAAAAUUUUCAUCAUGAAGAUGCUAAUUGGAAAUAAGAUCAUGGAUUCAUAGUGAUGCGAGCUUUGGAAGAUGGGGCAACAAGAAGGUAUGAGUAAGUAUAUAUAUAUGAUCUCAUACUAUGAUACGAACCCUUCUGUCUAUGCUGUGUGUUAAUCCUCGAAAUGAAACUCAAAUGAAGAAAAAAGAGAAGGUGGUCUAUGGUUUUAAAAAGAACAUAAAAUUGAGAUUUCUUUUAACUAAGUUUAUGUAUUUUUAACUGUGUUCUCAUCACAAGCCACUUGGUGAAUACAAUUGGCUUCUCUUAACAAUAAUGUCAAUUUUAUCUUCUCA